UGAAGAGAAGACAACGAUCAGCGCGAACCGCUUGGUACACAGCUCAUAGCUGCACCUGCCCGCGCGCUGGACGAAACAGUUGCGGAUAGUACGCCCUCCGAUUCAUUUCAUUCCGGUGCUUUGAUUUGAUACCAGAUAUUUCAUGUUUGUAAAACCUUCGUAUGUUUUAUUACUCCACUCCCGUAACGUAUAUUAACUCUUCCACCUAAUCGGACAAUCUCGUUGUGUCAAUAUCCCUCGAUUUCAUUCCACUUGUUCAUUCUUCUUUUUCUAAGUCGGUUCACACAUCCCGCUAGAUUCCGUCUUCUUCAGGCUGCCUUUCACAUUCGCAUCCAAUGCAGGCACCACUUCUCCUCCAACCACCACCUCUUCUUGCUCUUGCAAAUAAGCAAGUUAAUCAAACGCGUCCUCGCGUCUCUCAACACUUCUUAUUUCACGACCUCUCCAGCCUUCUGGAUCCCCCUCAGCCCAUGACCGUAGAUAAUGAUCAUGAUGAUUACUCUCCUCCGGGAACAAACUACACAUACUCUUCCCGACCACAGUUCGAUGAAUCGUCUCAUUCAGAUCCUCAUAACUUGUAUGACGUAGCUUCAUCUUCUGAAACCCCUCAACCAUACCAUACUUCUUCACCAACAUCUAAUUACACCUCCACCUCAAAUGCUCGCACUGCCCAACCUCCAUCAUCAGUCAACGGAACUCGCUAUCUCUCAAGUUCACCUUCUUCCGUUGACGAUCAUCCGUCUGCUUCAUUUCCUCAGCCGUACAGCGCUCCCCAUCACCAACAUAAUUUUCCUACAUCGGCAUCUUCCUAUUCCCCUCCGGAUAUGGUGCGUUACCCAAUUACGUCGAACCUUAGCUCCCGUGGAACCGAUAAAUACGCCCAUGCCCUCUUGGAACAACGCCGCAUGUCCGAGCCAGCCAUGUAUGGCAGCGCAAUAGGCGGUUAUUCCACGAGUUCUUCAGCCGAUCUAGCCUCCGGGCGAUAUCAACAGCUGCAGCACCACUACACGUCGUCACAAUCCUCCCCAAGAUUGUAUGGCACUUACUCCUCGACUCUGCAACGCACUCUCAGUUCAGGGUCUGGGCGUGAUCCACUCUCGGGAUCGUCCUGGAACGACAAAGAUCAACUUGCAUUACACUGUUACGACGGUGUAGACCUCGAAGAACCCAUAUCACCUCUUAACCCUAAUUUCUCGGGUGGCGAGGGGUCCCCAACAAUGGGAAUGCCCUACGGCGCCCUUUCCGAGGACUAUGGCCCAUCACCGCCUGGUACGGGCAAUUCCACAUCAUCCAACGGCGCCAGGCGGUUCCUUGACGCUUCAGGCUCGAGUUCUGACGGUAAACAAUACUCGUUUGUCGCACUCCCUGGAAACGCUGUCAAGAAGCGUCCAAGGCGGCGCUACGACGAGAUCGAACGACUUUAUCAAUGUUCAUGGCCUUCAUGCACCAAGGCAUACGGCACUCUAAACCACCUAAAUGCCCACGUCACCAUGCAGAAACACGGCGUCAAGCGUAGUCCGAACGGUGAGUCUUCAUCCUUGCGGUUUACUUUUAGUCAUCGGUACCUCGUGAUGACAAUCUCGACUUCUCGUCAUUAUUUUUAACCCUCUCGACACCGAUGCUGACUGUGCACUCGCAGAAUUUAAAGAGCUUCGUAAACAAUGGCGCAAGUCCAAAAAGGAGGAAGCCGAUGCUCGCGCUGCUGCGUCAGCAGUGAUGGGGAGGUC